GUUUGAAAUUGAAGCACUUCUCGGUUUCGAUGGUUUCACAAAUUCGAAGUUGUCCGAAUGCACCAAACCUAAGAGAAAAUUAAAUAUUGAGUGCUUUGGUUCCUUGAUUGCCUCAAUGCAGAAAAUUUGGGAGGCGCAGAGUCGUUUCGUUAUUUUUAACGGCAAUCAAGCUGAUCUGAAUGCGCUGACGUAUCUAGCAGAUGUACUUGAAGACACGGAAUACGAAUAUCUGACAGAAGUAUUUGGAAAGGAGUUUGUUUGGAUUUUCACUCCUUCUACAAUGGCACCGCUUCAGACUGUCAGUCUCACCGCACGUGAUAGUAUUGUCAUGCCGGAAUUUACCAUGUUCAAGAGAAUACCUGGACUGUUCGGUAGGCAUUAUGAUAAAUAUCUGCUCCUGAGCAUAUUCAUUCAGUUGAAAAUGCUAUUUCGAACAAUAAUUUGUUGCGUACUUUACAAGAAUGAAAAACUACAAACGAAGCUUGCACGGAAAACAUCUAUCAUCAUUUUGAAUUUAUCAAAAAAACUGCCACCUGCUAUGUAUGAAAAUUUCACUAUUCCCUGCUCUUUGCAGUACCAGUUAUAG